AUUGGCGAAAGGGUUUGAAAGUUUCCACUUCGCACGUCGUCAAAGAAAUGGCUGUUAACUAUUGGCUGGGACCAGUUGUAGACGGUAACAAUGUGAAGCUGUGCGCACUGGAUCCUGACCUAUCCGCGCAUGGCGGACGCUUUAAGAAGGAGCUUUCUGCCUUGAAAUUUUCCAACUUCUAAACUCAUUGCUCCUACUGUUUAUAUUAUGGAUGAUAUUAGGAAUGGAAUGGAGAACAUGAAAUCUCCAUUCAGAGGGAUAGCAAGGGACAUUAGAGGAAGAGCAUCGUGUUACAAACAAGAUUGGAUUGAUGGUAUUAAGUCCGGAAUUGGGAUAUUAGCUCCAACAGCUUACAUUUUCUUUGCUUCUGCACUUCCCGUCAUUGCUUUUGGAGAGCAACUUAGCAGAGAUACAGAUGGAAGCUUGAGCACUGUGGAGACUUUGGCUUCUACUGCUAUAUGUGGCAUCAUACACUCUAUUCUUGGUGGUCAACCUCUUCUUAUACUUGGAGUUGCAGAACCUACAAUCAUAAUGUAUACAUACUUGUAUAAUUUUGCUAAAGGAAGGCAAGAUUUGGGUCAACAACUAUUCUUAGCUUGGGCAGGAUGGGUAUGCACAUGGACAGCUCUACUCUUGUUUCUUUUGGCGAUUUUCAACGCUUGUGCUAUUAUCACUAGAUUCACGAGGAUUGCAGGGGAAACAUUUGGGAUGUUAAUUUCUGUACUUUUCAUUCAAGAGGCCAUCAAGGGACUGGUGAGCGAGUUCAAAACUCCCAAAUCUGAUGAACCAAAUUUACUCAAAGAUCAAUUUCAGUGGCUUUACACUAAUGGCUUGCUUGGUAUUAUAUUUUCGUUUGGACUUCUAUACACUGCAUUAAGAAGUAGGAGAGCAAGAUCCUGGAUGUAUGGAGCAGGGUGUGUUAGAAGCUUCAUAGCAGACUAUGGGGUUCCAUUGAUGGUUGUAGUGUGGACAGCACUCUCUUUCUGUGUACCAAGCAAAAUUCCAUCUGGUGUUCCAAGAAGGCUCUUAAGCCCACUCUUAUGGGAUUCUGAAUCUUUAUACCAUUGGACUGUAAUCAAGGACAUGGGCAAGGUUCCUCCGGUUUAUAUCUUGGCUGCCUUCAUCCCGGCUGUUAUGAUAGCCGGGCUUUAUUUCUUUGAUCAUAGUGUUGCUUCACAAUUGGCUCAACAAAAAGAAUUCAGUCUCAAGAAUCCAUCAGCUUAUCAUUAUGACGUUUUCCUACUUGGAUUUAUGACAUUGCUUUGUGGAUUAAUUGGACUACCCCCGUCAAAUGGUGUCUUGCCUCAGUCCCCCAUGCACUCUAAAAGCCUAGCAGUUCUUAAAAGACAGUUUAUCAAAAAGAAGAUGGUGGAGAGUGCCAAUGAAAGCAUAAAACAGAAAGCUAGUAAUUCUGAAAUGUACAACAAGAUGCAAAACGUGUUCAUAGAAAUCGACAACUCCCCAAUUACAAAUGUAAUAGUUAAAGAACUACGAGACUUGCAGGAAGCAGUCAUGAAUGUAGAAAUCGAAGGAAAAAACAUGAAGGAGAAAUUUGAUCCUGAGAAACACAUCGAUGCCUACUUACCUGUUCGUGUCAAUGAGCAAAGGGUCAGCAACUUUCUACAGUCGAUUCUCUUAGCAGUGUCUAUAUGUGCCAUGCCCUUAAUAAAAUUGAUACCCACAUCGGUUUUAUGGGGAUAUUUUGCUUACAUGGCCAUCGACAGUCUUCCUGGAAACCAAUUCUGGGAAAGAAUCUUGCUUAUUUUCGUUCCCCAUAGUCGAAGAUACAAGGUUCUUGAAAGGGUUCAUGCUUCUUUUGUUGAAUCUGUGCCAUAUAGAACCAUUGUCAUGUUCACGAUCUUCCAGAUUGUGUAUUUCCUUACGUGUUUCGGUGUAACAUGGAUACCUAUUGCGGGGAUUCUUUUCCCUGUUCCAUUCUUCCUUCUGAUAACCAUACGACAACACAUUCUACCAAAGCUGUUUCACCCUUAUCAUUUGAGUGAACUGGAUGCAGCCGAGUAUGAAGAAACUGUGGGUGGUCCAUCACGACAUACCAGCUUUAGUCUUAGGGAAAUCGAUGGUGUUGAUAGCAAGAACGAUGAAGAUGAAGUGACGGUGUGUCAUGCUGAAAUAUUAGAUGAAAUGACUACAAAUAGAGGCGAGAUCAAGAUUCGAAAUCUUAGCUUCAACGAAGAUAAACGAACCCAGAUUUACCCCGGUGAUGUUAUCCAGCCCGAGUGAGGCAGAAUAAAACUAUUGAUGAUGCUCAAAGAAACUACAAUCAAUACUAAUGAUGCUAGACCCACAUUUACUAUAUAUGGGGGGUAUUAUGCACAACUAGCAGGAGUUGGAUGAAAUAGAACUAUAUAUAGAGGAUGUUCAAAGAAAGUGUAAGCAAUAGUACUUAUAUGGCACAUAAGCCUAAUCAACAAUGUCAUGAAAUAGUACUACACAUGCCUAACCAACAAUUAAUAGAUGUGGAUCCUAUUAGCAUUUAUAAGUUUUGGAUUCAUAAAAUCAUAAUUAGGUCUAAAUCUUAUAGCCAACCUUGAGAAACUGGAGCUUGGGAUUGGUUUCUUUAACAUUACGUAUACACUCAAGGUGGUGCUUGCAAGUUGCAAUCCAAUACACCAUUUUUAGUGCAAAUGUUUUCUUGAAUAGUCACAUUUGUGUACAAUUGUAUUUAUAUAUGUACCUUUUGUGUUGUUUUAGAG